CAGCUCAGUCUUUUUGGUUCUUAAGAAGGGUCGCUACCUCUCCCAGGACCAGAAUGAUUACCCCUGCUCGAUGGGUCUACAUCCAUCCCUGAAUGUCGUCGGGUACUAUUCACUUCCCCGCCAUUCUUGUAACCGUCACCUGUAAUCCGCGCAGGUGUGUCCGCACCCCCCUGAGUGGACGAGAAAGAAAGGAUUUCUCGGAGCAACCCCCCAGGUUCCAGACCCAGGAGUCAACUUUCCCGUAUGAGCAUUUGAUGGGUCGUCUGAGGGUUCGCCGCGGUUCAUUGCUGUGCUUACACACUAGGCUACCCUUCUCCGAAAGCUCCGCAGGACCACCUACCACUAGUCUUCGGCCGGAGAGGCAAUACUUUAGCUCAUAUGGUAGCUAG